CUCUACUAAGCUUUUUAUUGUUGCUUUAUUAAGUAUAAUGUAUUAAAUAUAAAUACGUAAUGUAUUGUGUAUUUAUUAGCUGUAGAUGAUGCACCAAUUAAAUGUAACUGCUGUUUUACAAUGGAUAAUUAAGGGGUUUUAUAUAGACUUUACGCGCUCAAUUCAAGGCCCUUUAAUAUAAAGUGAAUUUUAUGAAAUCAUUGCUUCUUUCUUGUGAAUUGUAGAUACUUUAACAUCUUAACGAGGCACGGUUUUACUACUCGUUAACAUAUGUAUCAUUUCCAAAGACCUAUCUGUAGAUUUUGAGUCUAAUUAUGUGGAAUCAGAACUAUCCUUAAAAGAAUUCUAGGACUUGAAGAAUAAAUUAAUCAAUAACAUUCAUGAACUGUAAAAGACUCAAAGGAAUUAAUUUACUUCAAACAUCAACUUUUUAAGAAUUGUUCAUUGAAUUUAAAUCUUCCAUCUAAUUAUUUUACAUAAGUUCGCCGUAAAGAUUAAGUAAAGCAACGUUUUUCUAUCAUGUUGUGAAUAAAUUAAAUAAUCAAUUUAUGUGCCAUUUAUUAUAGGAGAAAGAAUAACCAGACUGAAUUGCAUCACUUUCAUGUAUAAUACUUGAAUCAGAUAUUAAUGUUAGAUAAAAAUGUGACAACUGAAUUAAAAAAGUUAAUGUAUAAGUCUGCAUCAAAUUAAUUUAAUUUAAAUGUGGAGCUUUACGUUGCGUAAGAUUUACAUGUAGUGAAAGUCGCCGUGUUAGCUCAUCUAUGUUGUGAGUACUGAAAGUACGAUCCUGGAACGUCCAGCUGUAGGAGACGACUGGUUACUCAUUAACCUGGUUACCUGUGAGUGUGUUUUGGCCCCGCCCCAUGCAGGCGUGCUCUCUCCCUCUUUGUGUGUAUGUGUUACCUGUCAGUAUUUCCUGACAGUGUGUCAGUGCUCAGGUGCGUUUUAGUCUCACCUGAUGACGAUGAUGGAGGAGACGGUCGUCCUCGCCGCUGUGACCGUGCUUGGCGUCCUGGAGCAAGCCUAUUUCUCUCUGCAGGUGAUCUACGCCCGGAGGAAGUACUCGGUGUCUCCACCUGCCACAUCUGGAUCACCGGAGUUUGAGAGAGUCUUCAGAGCUCAAGCCAACUGUUCUGAGUAUUUCCCGAUCUUCAUCACCGUCCUGUGGACAUCUGGAGUCUUCUUCAGUCAAGGUCUGUCUGCAGUCUGUGGGCUGCUCUAUUUAUACGGACGCUUCCAAUACUUUCGUGGAUAUUCACAGUCGGCACAGGGACGUCUGGCUCCGCUCUACUUCAGUGCUCAGGUUCUGUGGGUUCUAAUCGGGCUCUCGUCUCUUGGCAUAUUCCUGACGCUAUGCAGAGUUUACCUGAACGUGGACCUGCUGCAGGAGCUCUGCUCUGCCCUCAGUCUGGUCUGAAGGGGACGAGAUGAGGUGCUAGGAGCUGAUGGGAUCAGGGGUCAAAGGUCAGAAGUCAGGGCAGAAACAGACUUCAUUAGUGAAACUAACAUCAUGUUGUCAUCACAAGAAACAAACCUUCAGGGUCAACUGUGUUUUAUGAGACAUGAACGAUGACUGAAAUCUUUUAUUCAUGUGGGUUUAUAAAGGAAUCUCACUGUUGUCACGCUUUUUAUGUAUUUUAUUUUAGCUUUAACAUUUUGAGACACUUUCAAGAUUCAAACAUGAUCUGUGAAGUGUUUUUAAAUUUCGUUGCAUGAAACAGAAACAUCCUGCUUCAGACUUUGUCUCUAAAGAUGCUCGUCUCCUGUUCAUGGCCUCAGUAUGACGACAUGUCCGUCCUGUCUGUGACAUGUCUGUAUUAACCUUUAUAAACACCGUUUCUGCCUCGUCCCAUCUUAUUGAAACAUUCUCUGUAAUGUAUUUGAUGAUGCUGACGAACCAUAUGUCUGUGGUAAUAAAACUUUGACUCUUUCAACUGUUUCUCUUCUUCAUGGAGGAGUCACAAAGUCAGGUCAUUCUGAACAUACUUUUUAAAGAAAUUAUGAUUAUCCCUUUAGAUGCUUUGUGUGUCUUUUAUAUAUUGUAAUAUGAAUACAGAUUAUUAAUAAACCAGUGUCUGAUGGUGUCAUAGACAGUAAGUUAGAGGGAAAUGUGUUUAUUGAGUAGAGUGUAAUAUUUGUCUAGAGACAGCUGAUGAAAUAAAACCUCUUGGCCUCUUAAAUGAAAAGUGUGCUGAAUAUGAGGUUUGACCACAAGGUGGCAGCACAGAUGUUAUGAUUAACACAUCAGCGGAUGAGUUUCAGGAGCUGGGCAACAAUUCAAUAGUAUAAAAAGUGAAAAGUAAAAUAAAUGUUUAACUUGUAAUGGAUAUUCUAAUUUCGAAUCUAUUCAAAUGUCUGAUGGUGUUGCGUUCGCUGUUGACAGUUGCAUAUUUUACUUAAAUGAAAGUAUUCAUACCUCUGUGUAGAAAUACUCUGUCGCAGUCAAGUAUCGAACAGUACACACAGUUAAGUCACAUGUAACAGGACUUGUGUGUAUCAUGUGUUAAGUGCUAAUGUACAGCUUAUUCUUUCAUUAUAUUAAUCAGUCUGUCACAGAGUAUAAG